AUGCUACUGAGACCGUUCGCAUUCGCCGGCUCCUCAGUCCUUCUAUGCGAGCUCCAUAUGUUCUGGACUUGUGCUACAAUUUCAGCAUCUCGACUUCCACACCCGAUCUUUACCAAGGCCUGGUACAAUCUAGCAACUCCUAGCUUUCUGUACGGAAUGUCCCAGUUCUUGAUGUACCAGAUGCAGACUUCGAUGGAGCUCAGCGCAUACAUGAACAAGCCCGCCCUCGUUACGAUUGUGAGAGUGAUAAUUCUGCUUGUACUCCGUGUGUUUGCUUUACUUCCAACGACCAUUGCCGUCAUAGUUACCGAAACAAGCCUUUUGCCAGAGAACUUGGUUACUAUCAUUCCGUCUCGGACCAAGCCACGUGGAAUCACAGUCGCAGAGCUGUUUGGAGGAACCAGAAUCCCUCGAGGCUUUGAUGCGUUCAGUAAUGCAUCAAAAGCUUUUGGCAAAAAUCAGUAUCUCUGGUUGAUGGAGCUCCACCUGAAGAAAUGCUUCAUUCAGUCUAUUAUCGAGUUAGUCACUGGUCUGCCAAUGAUGGCGUUUGGUGUUUUCUAUUCUCGAAAUUGA